AUGUGCCGUAGAUGAUUUUGUGAGCUUAUCGACCAAGAUCUACUGAAAAUGAAGCGUGUGUUCAGUCUCACCAGUAAAUCCUUUGGUGGCCAAGGUACCAUACAUUAUUGUUGGCAGAAAACAUUGGGCAACUACCUUGCUGUUGUUGGACAUGAUCAUGUGUUGAGAAUAUAUGAUCGACAUGGAGAUCUGAAGGAAGAGUUUAAUUUGCCUGGGGCCUGUACUGGUAUUGGUUGGGAUAAGGAUGGGGAUACUUUGGCUGUCAUCAAUGACAAGAAUGGAGUCAUCAUACUUUGGGAUGCUAACACCCAGAGGACAUCUCCCAUUGACAGUGGUCUGAGAGAUAGUCUGACUUACAUGCUGUGGGCAAAAGCUGGGCCCUACCUAGCUAUUGGCACAUCCAAAGGGAACUUACUUAUCUACAAUCAUCAGACAUCAAGGAAGGUGCCGGUUUUAGGAAAGCAUACCAAGAGGAUCACAUGUGGGUCAUGGAGUAAUGAGAACUUACUAGCCCUUGGCAGUGAUGACCGCACCAUCACCAUCAGUAACAUAGAGGGGGAUACCAUCCGCCAGACUAAUGUCAGGUCUGACCCACAGGAAGUCCAGUUCUCAGAGAUGAAAGGAGAUGAGCGGAGUCAGAUUGGAGAUAAUACUGUGAGUGUUGUCAUUGGUAAAAAGACACUGUUUCUGUACAACCUCAAUGAUCCUGAGAACCCCAUAGAACUGGCCUUCCAACAGAGAUAUGGAAACAUAAUUUCCUAUCGCUGGUAUGGAGAUGGUUACAUCAUGAUUGGCUUUUCCAAUGGCUACUUUGUGGUCAUCUCUACUCACAUGAAGGAGAUCGGACAGGAGCUGUUUCAAGCUCGGAACCACAAGGACAACUUAACAUGUAUUGCCAUCUCCAAUUCUCUCAACAAGGCUGCAUCAUGUGGAGAUAACUGUAUCAAGAUUCAUGACCUGUCGGAUCUCAAGGAGAUGUUUGCUAUCAUCAACAUGGACGAUGAGCGAGGUCUGGAUAAACUCAACUGGACAGAUGAUGGUCAGUUAUUGGCAGUGUCUACACAGAAAGGGAACCUCCACGUCUAUCUGACCAGACUUCCGAUGUUGUCAUCAGCGUCGUCCACCAGGAUAGCCCACCUCACUUCCUUACUGGAAGUCACCAUAGAAGACAAUGUAGCUCAGGACCCUCCAUUGACUAUUCCUAUAGAUGUGGAGCCAUCCUUUCUAGGAAUUGGGCCAUACCACUUGGCGGUGGGGAUGAACAAUCGAGCAUGGUUUUACCUCUUGGGAGACAAUGGACUAGAGAAGCUAAAAGACCGUGAAUACCUAGGGACUGUCGGCUACAUCUGUCUCAAUGCAGAUUAUGCUGCUGUCAGCUUCGAGGGCAGAGUCCAGCUUCACAUGAUUGAGGGUGAGACUGCUGGGACUACAGAUGAAAGAGAAUCCAAGCUUUUCCCUGACAUGGACCAACAGGAUUCACGCAUCACCUGUCACAGUAUGACCCAAGAUUUCCUUAUCUACGGCACAGAUAAUGGUGGUAUCAACUAUUUUUUCAUUGAGGACUGGCAGAUGGUGAAUGAGUUUCGCCAUGUUGUGGGUAUACGCAGACUUUUCCCUGACCCCAGUGGCACCCGUGUCAUCUUUGUUGAUGACAAAAGUGAUGGUUUUGUUUAUAAUCCUGUGAAUGACCAGACACUGGAAAUCCCGAAGUUUUCCCCAACGACCAAAGGCGCUUUGUGGGAGAUGUGGACAUCAGACAAGGGAGUGUUUAUCACCUAUGAUGAGGAGAAGAUCUUCACCUAUCUGUACUGUCGUGAGUCUGUACAAGGUCCAAAGGUGGAGUAUGCAGGUGAGACACGUCUGCCGUAUGGCCAGGUGCCAAUUUUGCUGUAUAAUGGGGAGAUCACACUGCAGACAGAAAGUGGACGGCUUGGCACACUUCUUCUUGAAACACAUGUAGCCCUGUUUUCUGAAAAUUUGGAAGAAAUGGAUAAGGAAAUGAUGAAAUCAGCACUACAUCAAGGGACUCUGUUGAGAAGAUUCAAAGAUGCGUGGAACCUGUGUAACCAUAUGAAUGACCUAGUAUGUUGGUUAGAGCUUGGAAAGGGGGCGUUGUCCAGUCUGGAAGUGGACUUUGCUAUGCGAGUGUACAGGGAGAUAGGAGACGUCGGUAUGGUCACUUCUCUCCAGCAGAUCAAGCACCUAGAGGACAGAAAUCUACUGUCUGGUUAUAUUGCCAUGUACCUAGCAGAGUUUAACCUUGCUCAGGAUCUCUUUCUGGCCUCAGGAAAACCACUGGCAGCGUUAGAAAUGCGACGAGACCUGCUACACUGGGACAGUGCCCUACAGCUAGCCAAGGCCCUAGCUCCUGAACAGAUCCCCUACAUCUCGCGCGAGUAUGCCCAACAGUUAGAGUUCACUGGUGACUACAUGAAUGCCCUGUCUCACUAUGAAAAAGGUGUGACACGACAAGAAAAGGAUCGUGAACAUGAUGAGGUCUGUGCUGCAGGGAUAGCUCGUAUGUCCAUCCGUAUGGGAGAUAUUCGCAGGGGAGUAAACAUGGCCCUGAAGAUGCCGAGUAGGAUUCUGAAGAAAGAGUGUGCUACUAUACUGGAGGGAAUGAAGCAAUGGCAAGAAGCGGCCAUGUUGUAUGAACAUGGAGGUUAUUACGACAAAGCAGCUUCUGUCUACAUUCGCAGUAAAAACUGGAACAAAGUUGGAGAGCUUUUGUCACACAUUACUUCCCCAAAAAUCCAUGCACAGUAUGCCAAGGCUAAGGAAGCAGACGGUCGCUACAAGGAGGCAGCAGACGCCUACAAACAGGCCAAGGACUGGGACAAUGUCAUCAGGAUAAACCUUGACUACCUACAAAACCCUGAGGAAGCUGUGAGAAUUGUUCGUGAUAUUCAGUCUAUAGAGGGAGCCAAGAUGGUGGCCAAGUUUUUCCAGAAGUUGAACGAUUACUCAUCUGCUAUCCAGUUCUUGGUGAUGUCUAAAUGUAAUGACGAGGCAUUCCAGCUGGCUCAAACACACAAUCAGAUGGAAACAUAUGCUGACAUUAUUGGUCCUGAUGCUACCCCUGAGGACUACCAGAGUAUUGCUCUGUACUUUGAGAAUGAGAAGAAUCACUUCCUGUCUGGAAAGUUUUUCCUACUUAGUGGACAGUACAGCAGAGCGAUGAAGCACUUUUUGCGUUGUAGUGGAGAGGAUGGCAGGGCAAUUGAACUGGCUAUAGAGACAGUAGGACGAGCCAACGAUACACAGCUCACUAGACAGCUGAUCGACUUCCUCAUGGGAGAAACUGACAACAUCCCAAAGGAUGCCAAGUACCUAUUCCGCCUGUAUAUGGCCCUGAAACAGUACAGAGAAGCGGCCCGUACUGCCAUCAUCAUCGCUCGAGAAGAACAGAAUGCUGGUAAUUACCGUAAUGCCCAUGAUGUGCUGUUCAGUAUGUACCAGGAGCUGAAGGAACAGAAGAUUAAAAUCCCAGCAGAGAUGGCCACCAACCUGAUGAUUCUUCACAGCUAUAUCCUUGUGAAGAUCCACGUCAAACAUGGCGACCAUCUCAAGGGUGCUAGAAUGCUCAUACGUGUGGCUAAUAACAUCAGCAAAUUUCCUUCUCACAUUGUGCCUAUCCUCACCUCCACCGUUAUUGAGUGUCACAGAGCAGGCCUGAAAAACUCCUCCUUCAGUUACGCUGCCAUGUUAAUGCGACCAGAGUACAGAAAUCAAAUUGACCUAAAGUUUAAGAAGAAGAUUGAGAUGAUUGUGCGUAAGCCAGAUAAGACAGAGGAAGAGGAGCCAUUGUCACCCUGUCCCUAUUGUGGCUUUCAGUUGCCGGAGACUGAUCUCACAUGUCCAGAAUGUAAAAAUACCCUACCAUACUGUACCAUAACGGGUCGACAUCUCGUAAAAGACGACAUGGCUGCCUGUCCUAAGUGUGAUUUCCCGGCGUUAUUUUCUGAGUUUAUUAGGUUGUUGGAAAUAGAAGAUAGUUGUCCUAUGUGUACAGAGAAGGUUAUCAAGGAGAAUGUACAGAAAGUGACAGACACCCAACAUUACCUUUCUCCAGAAGAGGGCACAGAGUGAUGUCAGACUACUUAAAACCUAGCUUAAAUUGUGAACCAUUGACAACAAGUGGACCUUGAUCGACUGAAAAAUAUACAAUGUGAACAGGGAAAAUAGUAAUGUACCACGUGUACAGAAACAAAAUAAUGUACAAUAAGUACAGAUUUUAAUAAAUGUGUGAUUUGUAGAUGGAUUGAAUUCUUAAAAGGUAUCUCUAAUUAGCUUACAAGAUACAACAUACAGUUGUCAUAUUAGUGGGAUAUUUAAAGAAUGAUGAUUUUAUUACAAAGUGUGAGAAAACAAUGUUAAGAUGUUGGAGGGGAAAAACUUAAUGGUUAAGAAAAACACAUAUUGUCCACUCAUGUUAUUUCUGACAGUCCUUGAUAGCAUAUUCUGAUACUAUAAAUUGAUACAUUCCAUAUUUAAUGCAUAUAAAAGCGUUCAGCAUAAUGAAAUCCUUCAGUUGUAGCGACAGUAUUGUGUUGGAAAUUCUGAAUGAAAUGUGUUUGUAUGUUGAACAGUUCAAUGAAUGAGGAUAUUUUGAUUUAUUUAUUGAAAGAGGGAGAAACUUUUAUGUACAAUAUAAAUACCGGUAGAUCAUUUGUUCUUACGGCAGAACCAGAAAGGUUGUGUGCUGAAUCACAAUUUUUGAUUUCAAGAUUUCUUCUAUCUUGGGUUGUGGUAAGCAUUUUCUCAUUUUUUUAAUUUUUUUUUUUUUUUGAUGCUUUCUGAAAAUUUUAGGGGAGCAUAUACAUUUAGUUGCUUGUUUUUUCUUAGUUAAAAAAAGAAUGAGAGUAGAUCAAGGUGAAUAAUAUAUAUAGAUUGAUGAUUAAUACUGGAGUUUUGCACUGAAAGAAAUAUGUUGAUUUUCCAACAGUAAUGAAAUUUGCACAACUUCUAUAAGUUUUAAAAAAAAAAAUUGAGACUCACUUUGCUGGUCAAAUAUCUGUGUUCAUUCUAACAUUGCAACAAGUUUCAUCGUCUGUGACAAUAAUGUUGUUACUGAGUCAAUAUCAUGAAUACAUUUAUAGUAAAUUAUCAGGUAUUGAUAAUUCUGGUGUGUUUUCAGUAGUGUAUAGAUCAUAGUGCUACACUAUCAAAUACUAUUCAGUUACUGGUGACAACUUACCUGUCAAUUGGUAUCAGAUGAUAUCAUUACAAUGUUGCCUGUUUGCAAGAAGUCUUGUAUCAUAUAACAGAAUCUUGUGUCAGAGAAAACCAUGUCCAUCAAAAAAUUAUCCAAAAUAUAAUAAUUACAAUUUAUUGGAAAUAUUUCAAAAGUGAAUUGUGCAUUGGAGUUAAAAAUAUUUUCAAGUUUUAUAAUUACCAUAAUCACUUUCUACACUCAACAGAUAUAUAAGUUAUAUUUUUCUGUAAACCCAAUUAUAUAUGUAUGAAUAUAAAUUGGGAUAUAGGCCUCUAUGUAAAUUUGAAUAUGACAGAUAUUCUUCCUAACUUACGUUUCAUUUUUCUAUGCUUUAUAAUGAUGCAUAUUUACAAAACUUUUGUUUCAUCUUUAUACAUUACAGCACAAAAAUGUAAUUAAGGAAGUUUGUAGUUAGAUGUUUUAAACACUUUGAUACUCAAAUGCUCAGAAUCUUUUGAGUUUGAAUAAUGUUACAACCGUCCAAGUAAAAUAGAGACAUUUUAUUGAUGAUAUUUAUAUUUUGAUUUUGUAGGGUUAUUUAAUAAAGAAAACAAGUUAAUUUAUCGCCAACAGUUUAUGUGCCUCUGUAUUACCGUCCAAAGAUAUCUGUGUAUUUAUAGACGGAAUCCAUUGUUGUUGUAGAUCUGACUUUUUAAACAAAGCUUGUAUAUAAUACAAUGUGUCUGUGAUUUACAAAAUCUAAUUC